CACCCUCAACAUCGCAAAGCGCAGCAUGGCUUCCACUUCAGGAGCAGAGGACAAUAACGCCCCGGCAGGUGGAGCUGCGGCCUUCCUUGCGGGCUUUCAGCUGGUGAGGGUACUCAGCCAAGACGCCAAGACGAGGAGUGCUGCGUUGCUGGGCACCCUGCCGGCGCAGGGCGACGGCGAGACGGUAAACAACGGUGGUGGAGAGCGUGAGCAAGCCAUCGUGCUGCUGGAGAAAACACACUUUGAGGAUAGCUUCUACAGUGCGCUCGGCGAGACCGAAGGCGGUGAGAAGGGAAACGGACAGGCAGCUGCGCCCGAGGACGGAAGGCGGGAGACGAAGAAGGUGAAGCUUGAUAGGACUGAUGGCGCCGAGGAUGGUCGCCACGACACGACAGCAUCAUCAACCCUCUCGACGAGCAUUCAGCUCCGCAACCUCUCAGACAUCCAGUCCCUCGGACACAACGACAUCUAUACAUGGCUUCUGGCCCGGAUUGGGUCCUCGUUCGUCACCUCUCCUCCAGACGUGAAACUCACCCUCAUCCGCCCAGCUACCUCCUCACACAUCGAGAAGCACUCGGCCCAGGAAAAGAUAAUGGUUUACGAGACGCCGCAAAUGUACAGCGAGAAGACUUUGCCCUGGAUCAGCGCACAGGAUCCCAAGCGGAUUCAGUGGGUCUACAAUAUCUUGGAGGGCAAAAAGGAGCAGGAGAAUGUCGUGUACAGAGAUGAAGAUCCGAUGAUGGGUUUCGUCCUCCUGCCCGACCUCAAGUGGGAUCGCAAGACGCUCUCAUCACUCUAUCUCCAAGCCAUUGUUCAGGACAGAUCUUUGCGCUCCCUUCGCGAUCUCACACCCUCUCACAGUCCGCUGCUUCGCAAGAUACGCAGCGUAGCAUCGCAAAUCGUAGCAGAGAAGUACGGACUGGGCUCCGUCGAUGACCAGGGCAAGAAGGUGCGGUGCUUCCUUCACUACCACCCGUCCUAUUACCACCUGCACGUUCAUGUGCUCUCAGCAGACUAUACGUCUCACGCUGGCGCCAUCGUGGGGCAGGCACAUUUGCUGGAUGAUGUCAUCGAUCUGUUGGAGCUGGGAGUGGAGAUGAAGCAAAGGACGAUCGGUUGCGCGCUAGGAGCUAGGCAUGAGCUACUGGGGGUAUUGCGAGGAUGAGAUGCAGAAGGCGACCAGACGAUAUUCACGUGAAUGCUUGCGGGGUUGAGAGAUGCUACAGAUUGAUAGAAGAAAGAACUUUCGCUCGCUACCUACUCCUCAUCCUCCUCAUCGCUCCUCAACUCAAUCUCGAUCCUCCUAGACGAGCCAGUUCU